GAAGAAAGCAGCGGAAGAAGAAGAUGCUCCAGUUUCGUUUCCGAGUGACCUAUUUAGCUCCCUAGCUCCUCAUAUUAGCAUCAGUUCAUCAUUUUUAUGAUUAAUAAUGGAAAUGGCCCUUCUUCGUUUGGGGUCUGGCUUAUGUUUUUUAGUUUUUUUGAUGGUUAAUAUCUGAUUUGUCCUCUAAGAAGCGGUACGAAAACGGAGGCGAGCUUUCAGCGUAACAAAAACAGACUAGCCGAUGUUAGCCAUUUUGAUUUAGCUUGCUGUUAAAAUGAGUUGUGAAACGUCAGCUGCGUUGUAGUUAAAUUAAUUAGUUUUAUAUAUAUUAGUUAUAUUAACACAUUUAACGCCAGCUAUCUCAGCGUAGUUACGUUCACUCCUGUAGCUCCCUUGGAUGUUUAGCGUGUCAGGAAGUGACUCUUCAGCCCCAUGUCUGCUGAGGCUUCAGUUGGCAGUCAUGCUGCCGACUCGGCCCAGUCUGCUGUUUCCCAGCCCGCCUGUCAGAACACAGAUGAUCUCAGGAAUCGGGGUCUGCUGGGGAGCAAGUAUGUCAAGUUAAAUGUGGGUGGCUCGCUGCAUUAUACAACUGUCCAGACAUUAAGCAAGGAAGACAGUCUGCUACACAGUAUAUGCAAUGGAGGCACGGAGGUUACCAUAGACUCAGAAGGUUGGGUAGUUUUGGACAGAUGUGGCCGACAUUUUUCUUUGGUUUUGAACUUCCUGCGAGACGGCUCAGUACCACUUCCAGAGGACCACAAAGAACUGGAUGAGGUUCUGAAGGAGGCCCAGUACUACCAGGUCCAGGGCCUCGUCCAGCACUGCCUCACUGCCAUGCAGAAACAAAAGGAUGUCUUUGAAAGUGUGUGCCGCAUCCCCAUGAUCACCUCAGUCAAAGAAGAGCAGAGGAUGAUUGCUACCUGCAGAAAGCCAGUAGUAAAGUUGCAGAACAACAGAGGAAACAACAAAUACUCUUACACCAGCAACUCGGAUGAUAACCUGCUGAAGAACAUUGAACUGUUUGACAAACUCGUGCUACGGUUUAAUGGCCGUGUCCUGUUUGUCAAAGACGUGCUGGGGGACGAGAUCUGCUGCUGGUCUUUUUAUGGAGAAGGCCGCAAGAUUGCUGAAGUUUGCUGCACUUCAAUUGUUUAUGCCACAGAGAAGAAGCAGACCAAAGUUGAGUUUCCUGAGGCUCGAAUCUUUGAAGAAACCCUCAAUAUUCUCAUUUAUGAGAACGGUAGAGGAUCUGGUCCAGGAGGCCUUCACCUUUUAGAUUCAAGAGGGUCAGGUACAUCACUGGGAGCUGGCCAAUCAGAGGAAGAGGGUGCUGCGGGAGGGGACAGGCGAGUAAGACGGAUCCACGUAAGGAGGCAUAUAAUGCAUGAUGAAAGAGGGCACGGUCAGCAAACUGUGUACAAGGACUAAUAAUGUGAAGACAUAAGGCAUGGAAGAGUGACUUUAUGUAUGUUUGUUUUUUUGUCGGAAGCAGAAUGAAAGAGAUGUCCUUGAUCAUAGCAAUAGCUUGAGUGUUAGUUAUUUCAUUUAAUGUCUUUAGACAUCACUGCAGUACGUGUAGGGGUUGACGACUGAUUUGUAACCGAGUUGAGAGUCAUUUGGAGAUGAAAAUGCUUUUGUUUACAUGAAAAGCAAUUGUGUACAUUCUUAAAAAUAGGAAAUAUGUCAAUUUACCUGGGACACGAAACUGGCAUAAAUAUUACCUUGCAAGGAACCUCCUGCAUGUUACUGAAUGGGCCUCAAUGCCCAACACCAACCACACAGAUGGAUUUUAUGCCUACUGUUAAUAUGGUUGUUUUGUGAUAUGCACUGCACUGUUUUUUCAGGUUGUGGAACAUCUGUUGCCUUUUCAUAAGUUGACAGUAAUGAACAGAGGAUGGAUUUCGUGUUUAGCUUAGAUACAUUAACACUGGAAUAAAACUGAGUAGCCAUUUUUAGUGAGGUUCUCUACGAAUGAGAUUGUUGAGCAGCUCCAUUUUCUUUAUUUAAAUUAUUACUGCUGUUGCUUCCAGAUGUUUUUUAUUAAUUAAUUUAUGAACCUAAUUUAUUGUUUGCUAUUUAACUUUUGUAUUGUAUGCAAUCUUUGUGUUAUGUAGUGCUCAAGUGAAUUUUAAUUUUUGGAAUAUGAUGCACUCCAUGGCACACUUCAGAUUUUGAAUUUACUUGUGUAAAUGACUAAAUCGUGAACUUAUGUUUCAGUUUCAUGUUUCAAGAGGAACCAUGACCUGUCCACCAUUUCUUUGAUUGUAUUUGUAUUUUAUUCUGAGCCAUGAUCUUUUGCUUUAUGUCUUACAUCAAACCACUGAAAUUUGUUCAAAAUAAUUGGCUGUACAGCAAUGAUAAAGGCUGUUAAUCCUGGGUUGUGUUUUUAUUCCCCUCAGGGAAAAGAUAAGUAUUCUCUUUCUAAUAUUCACCAGUGUCUUGUGCAAGCCUAAUCACUCUGAAUACUGAAACAAAAAAAUUGAAUGAGAGCAAUAUGCAUCUCACACACUUAACAAAAUCACCUUUAGAAUACCUUAAAAUAUGCACUAAUAAAACUUCCGUCCAAUUGUGGUCAUGAAUGUUCUGAAUAAAUUACUUAUGAAAUUCA